AUGAGCAGCCGAGCACCGCAGAAAUUCGAGUGGGCCAAAAACAUACCGUGUCGCAAUAUCCAGAUCCACGGAUACUGCAAGUAUGAGAAUAAAGGAUGCUCAUUUAACCAUGAUCUAGCAAGAAAGCAGCGUAAGGACGGACCAGCUGAUUCCAACCCUCCCUUACGCAAACCAGCCGCCAAAUCUACAAACGCGUCUCCCUCGAAUUCCGCCUCCUCCUCGUUCAACGUCAACACUCCAUCUUUUACACCUUCGAAAUUUCUGUCGAAUCCAGGGACGCUGAAGGGUGUCGCAGCGUUUGUUCCCUCGCGGAAGGAGGAGAAUAAGGAGACACCGGAGGCCCGAAAAGUGCCGGGCGACUACUUCGGCGUGAAAACGGCAUCGACGCCGCCGCCGACGGCCAAAUCGGCCAUUUUCGACCCAGAGUCGGCGCCUGUCUUCACGCCAGGCGGAAGCAGCGCCAACCUACAGGCCGGAGGUGCGAUGAGCGGUCAAGAAACACCACUCAUGCACGCGAAGACUGCCCCAAUGCCGGAUAUGAAGCCCGGCCUUGGCUCCACACUACAGACGCCGAUGAAUGCCCCUGCCUCGGCAGGCGGCGUUCCAAUCGGCCACGGCCAGCCUGUGAUGGGCCCACCUCCACCAGGCUAUGGUGAGGACCAGUUUUUCCGGCAGACGAAUCCAUUCCCAAUGAAUUACCAUCUAUACGCACCGGAACCACCGCCCCACGUCGAGAUGAACAAGCAGCCAAACGAGAGAUCCAUCUCGGACUUGUUCAUUCCCAACCAGCUGCGCGAGUAUAUCCAGCAAAAGAACGAAGCCAGCCUCCGAUCGAUUGCAAAUGGCCAGCUAAACCUACCGUUGCAUAUCGGGCCUUAUCACAGCCUGUAUCCCAUUGACAAGCACUUCGACAAGACCGACAAGGCUUUCGGAUACCCGUCGACUGUUUUCAAGUGCAUGUCCAACAUUGAUGGCCGGAUGUAUUGCAUGCGACGGCUUGAAGACGUGCCCAUCACCUCGGGCCGGUUUCUCGAGCCCAUAAAGCAGUGGAGCCUGGUCGACAAUUCGAACGUCGUCAAAGUCUACGAUGCUUUCACCACAAAGGCCUUUGGCGACAUGUCCUUGAUCGUCAUAUAUGACUACCACCCGCUUUCUUUGAACCUCAUGGAGACACACUUCUUCCGUAUUGGGAACAGGGACCCGGAGCUCAUAACGGAGAGCGUCUUGUGGUCCUACCUGGUUCAACUGGUUAACGCAACAACUGCAAUUCACCAAAAGGACCUUUUCGUCGGGGACUACGACCCGACAAAGGUCAUCGUCACCAACAAGGGUCGCAUAAAGCUCUCUGCAUGUGGAAUCAACGAUAUUGUCGAGGCCUCCAAGGCACACAACCAAUUCCAGAAUGGAAACAACUUGAAGGCGGACGGAACAAAGAUGGACACCUCAGAGUUGACCCAGAGCAAAGAGGAGAAGGCUGCGCAUGUUUCUACCGAGCAGAAGCGCGAUCUCGUGCGUCUCGGUGAGUUGAUUCUUAAUUUGGCCAAAUCAACUGUCUUCAUUAAGGAGACCGAGGCUCAAAGCAUGACAAGGGAAGAAGUAAUUGGUCGUCUGCAGUUUUCUAGUAGGUUCAAGGCUGUUCUCAAGUAUAUUCUAUCGGAGGGAAGCUCCUGGGAAGAGCUUCAGGCCUCUAUUUCGCCAGAAAUCCUCAAAAUCGCCGAUGGCUUCCAGAAAUCUUGCGAUUAUAUGGAGGCUAACUUGACGAGAGAGGUCGAGAAUGCUCGCCUUGUCAGGCUCUUUGCUAAAUUGAACGUGAUAAGCGAGAGACCAGAAUUUUUGAAAGACGGAUCAUGGUCAGAAACAGGAAAGAGAUACCCAGUCAAGUUGUUUAAGGACUUUGUUUUCCAUCAAGUUGACGAGGCCGGCCACCCAGUCGUGGAUUUGACACAUAUAAUCAAUUGCCUUAACAAGCUUGAUGCCGGUGUCGAUGAGAAUUUGCUGCUUGUGAGUCCUGAUGAGAUGACUUGCUUAGUGACCAGUUAUAAACAGUUGAAAGAGUUGGUGGACAAUAGUUUCAGAGAAGUACGUGGCGAAUGA